GAUUGUACGUAGCACGUGAGUACUUCCUCUCGCUGCUCACUGAACGUCCUCCUUGCCAGGCAAACUCGCACUGCCUAGCGCUAAAAAUCUGCCAGACUGUGGAUGGCGGAAAAGAUUCCAUGUAUUUUUUUCUAACAGAUUAUAAAUUUGUUAGCUUGGCAUCUUAGUAGUAGCUAAGUGCACUAAAACUUUAGUAGAAUGUGCCCCAAAGAGACUAAAGGGGUCUGUGCUUAAAGCCUAGUUCUCAUUCAACGGGGCACGGCGAGACACGGCGUAAGGAGCGACAGGAACAGACAAGAUUCUCGUGACGCCAAUUGACCAAUAUGAACGUCAAGAAAGGCUGUGCAACCAUACUACCCUAUGAAUCGGGAAGCGAUAGCGGGAGAGUUGAAUCUGUUCAGCUUCUUGUACUGUAUGCGGGGGCGCAAGCGUACAAAACAGCCGCAUUUCGAGUGUGACCUGGAGACGGCAUCGUGCGCCGAUGACCGCAACUACGACUUAGCAAAUGUCAGCACUUCGAACACUGUGCUAUUCAUGUCAUUGAAUGGCUUGCCAACUAGAUCUCAUGUUACUUACUGUACUUGGAGAUAGUCCUGGAAUGCAUCAGACGAGCUGUUUUAUCCUUCCUUCUGGUUAUUUUUAGAAUUCCACAAAAUCCGGACUAUUUUUUUUGGUCUUCAUGACAAACUGGUAUUAUGGGGGUGAUUCCGUUCCACUUGAGGAGAAAAAUGGAAAAGAAGUCCCAAAGAACAAGAUAUUUCGGCCGAAAGUCAACCCGUCUCAGGCCAUGACUCGAGCCGAUCGUAGUUGACCAUUGCAAUAGCUACUUUAUGUCGUGUAGUAUAAAUCGUACCAGGUUACAGCUCACAUUAGCCUUCCCGGUAGCCUCUUACAUCCCGUACCGGCAGAGUUACGUUGAAUGCGAACUAGGCUGAAUUGCUGAGAUCUCUUUGUCCGAGGCCAAAUAACUGGGAAAGAAUGUGCAAGAUGCUCAAAAAAGUACUUUAUUUGAAUUUUCAAAAAAGUACUUUAUUUGAAUUUGCUGCCAAGAGAAAGGUAUGCUAUAUCCAGUGAAUGCGUUUGAUUGCGCACUUGAAUCGAUUCAUGAAUGGAAUCUCGCCAUUCGAUUUCUUGUCAUGAGCUCUGGAAUCGAUUCAGAAUCCAUUCACCCUAUUCACAUGGGGUGAUGUGAAUAGCGCGAAUCGGCAUAAUCGAACGCACUCAAUGUGCCUUAUACUAAACUGUUUGACUGCAUUGUGUAUCAAGCUCUACCACCUUGGUAACUUCCAGUAGCCACAAUUUCACAUAUAAAGAAACACCUCCAUCUGGCGUUUGAUGCUUUGUGCAUGCGUUGGGUGACGAACUCCUUCCAAAAUGUCUAAUUUUCAACUCUAUGUGAAAGAGACGAGGGAAAGCAUGAUUGGCCAUGUACCCUGUGUAGAGCAAUUGUCAUGAUCAUUGCCAUGGUCUAUGCCACCCAUCAUGCAAGCACUGAAGCGGAAGAAAGUGAGUUCCUUUUGUUGUUGAUUGAAUGCUACUUUCCGGAGUCAUACUUUAUUGCAUAGGGGUUGAUCAUUUGCUUCAAUAGUACAUGUCCUAUAUAUUUUCCCUGGGCGAAUCAACCUUUUUGAAAGAAAUUUUAUUGAAAAGUUGGUUUACUUUUAACCAAGGGGUAAUAGGGGUAAUAGGGGUAAUAUCCUCUUUUGUUGGAAUUACCACAAGUAUAAAAAUCUGGCCUUUAUCAUGCGGCGGGGAAGUAUACUAAGCCUUAAUAAACUUAUAUCUGGGAAGGUUUGGUGCCUGGAAUGUGUGUGGAUGAACGAUUACUCAGUCUUAAGCCAUGCACUAGCGAUGGUGGUGAUGGCGGUGAUGGUAGUACAUGACAUGAUCAGCUAGAGCCGUAUAGUGAUGUGCUGUAAGUCACACUUCGGCUAGUGUCUUGCUGCCCUGACUUGCCUGAUUUACUGCGGGUGCUAUCGACAAUGAAAAGGAUUGGUGAGACGACUCUCUCGUUUAAUGUCGAUCAUGUUACAGAGUUGGUGAGUGUCGACUAUAACUGGUUGUAUACAUGCAUUGUCUGUGUCAGCUUCUUCAGCUAAACGUAGAUGUCAGUUUAGUGUGUUAGUUUCUUUGUUUUAUGUUCUUCAUUUUAAAUAUGGGAGUGAAACAAACCUGCUCAGCCUGCGACAUUGGUCGAUUUUGUUGUGAAGUGAUUGAGAAAGCACACCUACACACAGGGAAGACAUGUAAUGACACAUAUCAGGGUAAUUUUUUACCCGCAUUGGAUGGUUGGUUUAUUCCAUUGAAUCUGCUCACGUCUAGUCGAAGAUUGGUGUGUCGGUGACAAGAUUGCCUUCAAGUGGAAGCAGGCUUGUGUUUGUUUCACCCUCAUUGAUAGUGCUACUGGUGCCUUGGCACUGUCACUAUUGGCAGUACUGCCUUUGCUGGCAAACUCACCAUAUACGUAUUGGUGUAUUGCCAUCUACCGAAUGGUUGUGAGUGGGAUGACACUCUGUUUGGUCUGGCAAGACAGUUCUGACUUCUGUAUGACGGGACAGUAAGUUCCCUGAAGAAGUACUUGUAUGUGCAAUCCUGGUGCCAUUGCCUUUGGCCAGAAUGGUUACGUGGUUUUAUUUGCAAGCAGUAAUGUCAUGAUUAGAGUAGCAUGUACUUGUAUAUGCAGUGCGUUAGGCUUGUUCUGGUAGUUCCGGUGUUCUCUGUUAUGACUUCUCUGAUCCAGCUUGUUUUGUCUUCCUUUAUCAUUGUUACUACAGGUGACAUAUGUGAAGAAGAAAUCCAUUUCACAGACUCCCGGAUAUGUAAGGCGUUUUUGUUUGGUGCCUGUCCCAAUGAACUCUUCACUAAUACGAAAAUGGAUGUUGGCCCUUGCCGCAAAAUGCACUCAGUUGCUCUCCGUGAGGAGUUUGAAAAGAACCCCAGGAAGCACGACUAUGGGUUUGAAGAGGAGGCACGGCAGCAGCUGCAGGAGGUGAUCAAUGAAUGCGACCGUAAGAUUGUUUUGGCGAAGAAACGUCUUGAUGAAACAACAGAUGACCCCGAGCUCCAAGACAAGUCGGAAAAAAUCAUGGCCAUCGCCGAGAAAAUUGGCGCUACUCUCGCCAAGGCAGAAGAACUGGGUUCCCAGGGCAAAGUGGAUGAGUCCAUGAAGAUGAUGGCAGAACUGGAGGAACUGAAGCAGUUCAAAAGGCAGGCAGAAGAUGAGUUCCGCGAUGCCAUGCCCAUUGCAUCUACUCAACAGCAGAAGUUGCGUGUCUGUGAAGUGUGUGCAGCCUAUCUCAGUCUGUACGACAAUGAUCGGAGAUUGGCAGAUCACUUUGGUGGCCGUCUACAUAUGGGUUUUGUGCAAGUGAGAAACAAACUCACAUACUUGGAUCAAGCUAUUGCUGACCGGGGCAAACGCAGACAAGAACGCCUAGAAGAACGUGAGAAGGAGCGGGUACGUGAGCGUGAACGAGAGACACACACAAGACGGCGCUCUCGAUCCCGUGACAGGGAUAGGCGCCGUCGCUCAAGAUCUCGUGACAAGGAACGUCGCCGUUCACGAUCAAGAGAACGCACCGCCCGUCGCAGAUCUCGUUCCCGCUCUCACGGCCGCAGUUCUCGUCGUUCUCGCUCUCGCUCAAGAGACAGAAGUCACCGGCACCGGUCCCAGCGUUCCAGGUCCAGGUCUAGGGACAGACGACGCUCCAGGAGAUCGAGAUCGCGUGAAAGACGCCGUGAUCGUUCUAGGUCAACUGAGCGACGACGUGAACGGUCAAGAUCGCUUGAACGAUCUCACUCUCGACGCUCAAGGUCGAUCGAGAAGCCCAGUGGAAGUGAUAUGCCCUCAGCCGAUAUUUCUGGUAGUCACGAAGAGAUCACUGGGGAACCAGUCCCACUGCCACCUACAGAAACCUAAGAGAACACACAGUACCCCUCAACUCUGCUUGAUCCAUUGCUCCUAUUAUUCGUGCGUGUGUGUUUGUGUGCUCAUGUGUGUGUGCGUGGUCUAUGAUUUUUGCUGAUUACUGGUAUGUGGUGUCAUUCUACUACCUAUGUGUUGCCCAUGGCAUAAUUAUGGCAUAAUCUACCCGUUGUCGAAAGAUGCUCAUGGAAUCCGUUAUGGCGCUUGUAACUCAUAAAAUGGCAGUUUUAGCAUGGAAAUCUUGACAAGCAGCAUGCUCACUGGUGGUAUAUCUGCAAGCUUCUGCAAGAACCUUUUUGUGCCACUCUCUUUAGUCUUUAGGACUUUUCUUUUUGUGUAUCUUUUUUUGUUCCUAAAAAAAAGAUUCACAUGACAUCCUAGCUGUGUAUGUAGUACUUGCUCCACCACUCGCUGGCAUUGUGUACAAAUAAUACCAGGUAAUUGCUGCUGAUGUAUCGUGUAUGGUUGGCUAUUUGCUUGCAUUGCUGAAAUAUGUGUGUCAGUGUCACCAAGGGAUAUGUAGUAAGUGUGGUGUGACACACGUAUUCGUACUGUGGACUGCUUUUUCGUUUUGAUGUUAGGCCACACGUUUUUAUUUCUA